GCCGGUGGAGUAAAAGGGAAAAAUAAACACUGGUUUUCUGUCUCGAAAGGCGGAAUAAAAGUUGAAAUGCAAUUUUUGGUCAUUAUUUAGUUUAGGCCUCCUCCAAUUUUUUUUGCAUCAGUUUUGUUAGUAGAACAUUAAACUGAUUUCAACAGUAGAACAAUACAAUUUCAUUCAGUGUACGUCAGUUGCAUCAGUUUUCCUAGAGUAGAAAACGCUAAUAAUAUACAAUCUAUACAAUCAAACGAAUUUUCCGCGAGGACAUCGACUCCCUAAAAGAAUCGAAAUUUUGUAGUUUCAAAUCUUUCAAUUCGAUUUUGUGCCUGACUGUUAAUCCUGUGUGCGAGAAUCUGGCCGCAUAAAAUAUAUAAUAAAAGAGAAGAAAAAAAAGCUAUUCAAAGAAGAUAAGAUCGAGUGACUGCAUUGCAGAUCUUGUUACGGAAAGUAAGCUGUUAGAUCUUGUUUGGAUCACUUAAAGGUAAAAGAAGACAUUCUUCACUCCUCGAAUGAAUCACAACGCGUUUACAUCAACAUGGAAAAAAAAUCGACGAGAAGGAGACUUGAUUACAACAAUAAGCUCAUCCUGGCGCCUAUGGUACGUAUCGGAACUCUUCCGAUGCGUUUGCUCGCCCUGGACUACGGCGCGGAUAUAGUUUACACCGAGGAAUUGAUAGAUUGGAAACUACUUCGUUCAAUUCGACGAGAAAAUGAUGUCUUAGGCACUGUCGAUUACAUCGAUAAGACUGAUGGUACCAUAGUGUUUCGUACUUGUCCUCGGGAACGAGAUCAUGUAGUUCUUCAAAUUGGUACGUCUGAUUCAGCGAGAGCGGCUGAAGUUGCCCACAUGGUAAAAAAUGAUGUUGCGGGUAUAGACGUUAAUAUGGGCUGUCCAAAAAAAUUUUCCAUGCUCGGAGGAAUGGGUGCUUCUCUUCUCUGUGAACCCCAAAAAGCGACCGAUAUUUUACAGAAGCUGAUUGAGACAGUAGCUAUACCGAUCACUUGCAAAAUACGCGUUCUGCCCGAUCUCGAGGAAACUCUACGACUUUGUGAUACCCUUGCCUCCACUGACAUCGCAGCUAUUGCCGUCCAUGGUCGUACUAUCGAGGAGAGACCACAGCAUUCCAAUCGCAAUCAUGUUAUCAAACAGAUCUCUGCUAGACUUUCGAUACCAGUUAUUGCAAAUGGUGGAUCUAAAGAUAUUCAAAGACAUUCCGAUAUACUUAGAUUUAAAAAAGAAACAGGUUGUAGUAGCGUAAUGCUUGCUCGCGCCGCUGAGUGGAAUUGCUCAGUAUUUCGUAAAGAAGGUCCUCUUCCAAUGGAAGAUGUUAUAAAGUCGUAUUUAAAGCAUGCAAUCGAUUGUGAUAAUUCACCUUCCAAUACAAAAUAUUGUAUACAGAAUAUUCUACGGGAGCUUCAGGAAUCUCCUUUAGGCAGAAAAUUCCUCGAUGCACAAACAUUAGAACAAAUAUGUGAAAUAUGGGGAUUAGAUGAUUAUUGCCGAUCUAAAAGCAAAGAAUUCCAGGAUAAAGGUUUACUAAGUCGCUUUCAAAUAACGCCGGGAAUCCUCGAUAAAGAUAAUAUUUCUCAUAAAAGAAAAAUUCAAGAAGAGGAAGAUGUUUUUCUGAUGCGUUGUGCUUUUUUAAGAAACAAUUAUAUAACAGACUCGGAGUUGCCAAAGACUCGGCUAUUUAAGUGGACUAAGGAAAAUCGUAAAAAAAUGCCAGUAUAUAAUACUCGGCAGGAGAAUAAACUCUUCUGUUCUGUUGUUACUGUCGACGGUAGAAAAUAUGGCUCCUCUUUCUGGGAAAAAAAUAAAAAAUGGGCCGAACAAGGUGCUGCUUUGGUAUGUCUCUAUUUUUUAGGAAUUAUCGACGAGAAGUCUUACCGCUGAUGAUAACAUUUUUUCUGAUAUCUGCUUUAUUCUUUUCAUUUAUAAUACAAUCAAAUUUUCAUAUAGUAAAAUAUUGUAUAUAAUAAUAUAGUAAAAUUGCAUCGUAAUAUUAACUAUACAUGAAAUAGUUAAAAUUUCGAAAAUUGAUGUUACCUUAUAUAUUCGCCACAUAAUUGUGAGGUCGUAUUAACACUUCUGACUUAUCACUAUUAUUUUAAAUUGUGACGUCAGAAGAAAAUAAUUUUCGAUAUAUUUUAUAAGUCUAUUCUAUCAUUUGCAAAUGUUUUAUUUAAAAAAUGUUUUAUUUAAAAAAUGUUUUAUUUAAAAAAUAUUUAUAUUAGAACAUAUGAACAUUUUGUAAGAAUUUGCAUUUUCUCGUUUCUGACGUCACAAUCUGAGAUAGUAUUAAUGUGCCAAUAAGAACUAAGAGAAAAGAUAAGAAAAUAAGCGAAUUACAGAGCGUAUAACAUUGUUAUGUGCAUAUGAUAUUAGAGUAAGAGUAGGAGUUGAAGAAAAGGAGAGCUUUAUUCAAUAUGCAUAUCUGAAUCUAUCUAAAAAUACUGGAUAUAAUCGAAUAUAAAAGAGUACAAAUAUUCUUAUAUUUUUGUAAAUAAAUUUUAAUUUUUUAUUUAUUUUAUUUUAUUGAGAAUUGGUUACAUACACAGUUUUUAUUAAUGCUUGAUUUCAAAAGUACGUUUCCGUAUUUUUGUAUGUGAAAUUUUUCGAAAAUAAAGUUCUAAGUCAUGAAACACAA